AUGGACAGCUUUGAAGCAGGCGUUAAUCGUAAUACAACUAAUGAAUUGGAUAUAGGUGACAAUGAAGAACUUCUUGAAAAAAUGGAUGAUUAUCAAUUCGCCACAUUUGUAGAGAACUGUUGUGUUAAUUUGCAACAAUCACAUGACAUCCUAGAUGAAGACUGCAUCAAACAAACAUCAGAGAAUUCUUUAAUGUGGGAGAAAUCCUUUGAACACAGUAUACUUCUAGAUAUGGAUGAUGAUUUCAACUUAAAUUUUAGUGAAGUAUGUGAUUCCUAUACCAUCUUCCUUUCUCAGUCAUCAGCAGAAGAUGAUAGCCUUAACAUUACUACAGAUGAUAUUGACAAGAUUGAAAAUGAAUAUGAUGGCAGUGAUGAAGACGAAAUAUGCAGCACUGAAGAAACCAAGUAUGAGCAAAACCAACAUAUCUGUAGUUCGAGCUAUUCAGACCAAAAUGAUGAAACACAAGAAAAUUCAGAAAAUAGUUUUCAAGAGAACAAACUACAGGAUUUGCUGGACAAUACCUCUGAUGAGGAGCAGGAAGAAUUGCCACAUGAUGGUAACUUACAGAAUGUUAGUGAACAUCCAACAGAUGAGCAUCUUGACUUGGUUGAUCACAUGCUGCCAUUAACUAGACUUGUCAGGAACCAGUCAGUUUCUUUGCCUGUUAGUAGGAUGACACAAACUAUCCCAUUGAGCCAUGAAAGAUCAACUGUGGAGAAUUCAUUCUUCUGCCAAGAAAUGCCUGAUAAUCAGCUAAGUACAGAAGCUGAAAAUUCUAACCAUAGAAGUAAAAGUGAAACAAAUACUUUUUUUUCAGAGGAUACAGUUGAUGCAUUGGUAUCCAGACAUGAAACUAAAUUAGAAAAUAGCAUACUAGUUGAACACAAUCAGCUUUGUGAUGGAAGAUCAAACAUUACCGAACCACUUCAAUAUUACUUCUCUGAAGAAGACCUGGCACUUAAUUCAAUGAUGUACAUUGAUUCUGAGACUUUACCGGAGACCUCUUUUACAGACAGUGUAGAAGAAACUGUAAUUAAGAACCAUGUUUCAUCAAUAGCUAGUAAUAAUUUGCCUAUAAACAUUAACAAAUUUACAUUGUCAGAAGCAGAUCUUUCCAGUAAACAAGGGGUGGAUAGCAAAUUUGCAACUGAAAAAAAGGUGUUUCAAGUUGAAAAUGAUUCAUGCUACAAUGCUCAUGAGAACAUGGAAAAUAAUUGCACAUGUGGGCCAGCGAAUUCACCAAAAAUAACACAGGAAGAGAACACACAAGCACCAGUUAAUCCUGAAACAAUAUCAGAAAUUGCUCAAAAUCCUAUUUUAAAAAUGGGAAGAACAAUUUCAUAUAAUGAAAUCAAAUACGGUAAAGGAAAACAACAUUAUCCUCAGCUUGACUUUUCCAAAGUUGAAUCCAAAGUCAAAAUUCCCAAGAGGACUACUUCUAAUAAUUAUAAUCUGGAAAGACCAAUAAUAAAAAAGGCAAAAUCUUCAGCCAAUGUAUCAGAAAAUCCUCUUGCAGCUCAUAAAUCGAAAGUAGAUGUAACACAAGUGAUAUUGGAUAGUACACAAUCUUCAAUAGUUCCUACCAGAACAAAAGUUAACUGCAAAAUACAAUCUGUGAACACAAAUCAUACCCCAGAACUGUUUCAACAAUUGCAGGAGGAGUUUGACAAACUAUUAAUAAAGUAUGCAGAAGCUGAGAAUACCAUUGAUCAAUUGCGAUUUGGACCAAAGGUACCUGAAAACUCUGUUUCAAAUCAGAAUCAAAUGUUUCAGUCUGGACUUUUGUCAUCAUCCUGUCAAGUAAUCAAUUCGGCUGGUUCCCAGCAACAUGAAACUCAGUCAGGAUCUGCUUCCCAUUCAAUUAUAUUCUCUCCUUCAGUUAUUUCUGCUGGAUCCAAGCCAGAUUCAUGUCAACCCUUUGCUGAGGUUCACAAGGCAACAGAAGCUGAACAAAUGGCUCAGGAGCUAAAUGAACACAUUGAAUAUUUUAAACAUCAGGUUGAAGACUUUCAGACGUGCCUUAAUUCUGAAUCAGUUUCUCUAGAAGAUGUACAAUGGGAAUUUAAGAAACUAAGAGAUGGCCAAGAGAAACUAGAAAGGAGAUACAUUGCAACAAAAGAUGAGCACCGAAGUUUGCAGCAGCGCUGCUACCUGGACAAAAAUAUCAUCGUUGGGGAGUUUGACCCUGACAGGGUAAUGGAUGGAGAAAUAUUUAGAACAGGAAUGCAACUGGAAAACAUAAAAGAGAAAAUUGAUGAAUACAUUUGUAUUCAGGCAAGCCCAAAUAAUUCUAUCAUGACUACACCACAUUCCACAAAUCACUCUCUGUCCUCUGAGGAAGGACUGGGGGUGGUUUUAGUAACACAGGAUAGUUUUCAAAAGGAGGUAAUGCCAGAGGAGACACCAAAGAGGAAUGGUAAAUUAUCAGUACCAGAAGACAGAGACAAUCCCAUUCAACAGAGAGAUCUGAUCAAAUAUUCCAAACUGCCAACAGAGGGAGUGGAUUUCUCAGUGCCUGAAGAGAAAUUAGUCGGUAAUUUCUUAAUGCCUUUAGCAUCUAUCCCCACAAUAGAUGACCAAAGUUGUAAAAGAAUUUCAGAAAUGGUAGUAAAUGUCAAUGAAAACCAACUAGAACAGGAUCCUCAAUCACUUGAACUACAAACUCCUACAGUAUCGACAAUGGCACCAUCAACCCUGCUUGACAAUAAUUUUCAUGCUUCUGUUUAUCCAUCUAAUUCAUUCAUGAAUCAAACAUUAAUAUUGCACAGCACUUCACUCCACGAGCAGGAACCAUCGAAUGAACUCAAGAUAAUUUUGCCAGACAAUGGAAUUGCUGGAUCAGAAAGUUGCAGACCCCACACAGCUAUAAACACAUUGGAUUCUGAACAACCACAAACGGAAAGAUACUCAAAUGUUUGUGAAAAUAUGCAUUCCUGUAAGAAAGGAUUACAUAAUGGAAGCAAUGAAUCAACCCACACAACUGAAAAUAUAAUGGAAAAUGAUAACAAAGUAAGACAGUUACUUCAGUUGGCAGAUACAUCUGGCUGUACCAAUCCAUUGAAGUGGCAUGAACCCAUCAUUGGUGUAACAGACUUCUCAGCAGCUGCAGGAAAUUGUUCCCCAGACUUGGACCUUCUCACUGAGAGCUCAGAAGAUCAUAUACCACUACCAAUCCCUCAACAGUGUAAAUCCAAAACAUUGCUACAGCAGACUAAUUGUGGCGAAAAAGAAAAUAAAGACUUAUCUCAAUCAUGCUCUACAAAAAAUGAAGAAGUCUUGGAGCUGCAAAAUGAAGUUUCAAAAUUCAAGCAAUCACUAGAGGAAAAUCUUUCAAAGUUGUCCAAUGUAUCUCCAUCACAGAGACAAAGAUAUCGAACCAGAUCGUGCCAUAGUGAGAAAUUUUCAUCUACAAGAUGUGAGGAAGAUGUUAAGUUAACCACGAAUUUCUUAAACAGCCUAAAAAGAAGAUCCUGUAGUUGGCUAAGAGGAGAUGAAGAUGCUUCAAAUCUAAAACUAAACAACAGAAUGGAAGAUCUAUUUUUUUCUGAUACACAAAUAUCUGUAUAUGCAAAGCAAGGUUUCUUGGAAAAACCAAGAACAACUCAUCAUAGACGAAGUUACUCAGAAGGUCACAAAUCAAGCAGAACAUGGCUAAAAGGUUCAUAUAAAGGCUUACACUCAUCAACAAAUGGACUGAAUUUACAUAGACCGAAAAUGAAUAGCUGUUUUUUGUGCAAAAUCCUCUCUGAGGGAUCAUCAGGGCAAAGUAGGCAUGGGCUCACUUCCAGCCUUGGAAUUUCAGCUACUGCACCAAAUAAAUACUCUGAGAUAUUCGCGUCUAUUUCACCAUUAAGGUAUGAUACCAUUGAGUAUCCACCAAUAUCAAAUGGCUCCAGGAUUUACUAUUCCCCUACAUGUGAAAUAGACAAUGUAAGGUCACCAGUUUUACCCAAACAAUUUUGUAGCACCAAGUCAUUGUUGCGAGGUAACAUUGAAAAAGCAAACAUUAAUGCACAGGUGGUGGACAUUAUCUCAGAUAUAAAAUUAACAAUUGAUCUAGCAUCCACUGCCAAAGAGAAGCAGGAAGAGUGCAAUAGUCAGCAGCAUGUACUUAGGAAGAGUCUAAGACACUAG